AUGGAGGACACAUCAAGUCAGAAGUCAGGACAGAGCAAAGAUACACAGAGCAAUCUCUCACCUGAAGAGUCUCCUGUCCAUUUUAUACACACCAGGUUGGAGGAAUAUGAGCCUGUGGACCUCAGCACCCGGGAUCUCAUCCUAAAGAAAGCCAAGAAGGUCUGCCUAUGCAGUCAUCAAUCUAUCAUUACCUUCUUCUGCCACCUGUUUCCAGUGUUGGAUUGGCUUCCACGUUACAAUGUCAAGACACAGCUGCUUGGGGAUGUCAUAUCUGGGCUGCUGGUGGGGAUAGUUGCCAUUCCUCAGUCCAUCUCGUAYUCCCUCUUAGCGAACCAGGAUCCCAUCUACGGAAUCUACACCAACUUCUUCUGCAAUAUCAUCUACUUUGCUAUGGCCACUUCACGCCAUAACUUCGUCGGCUCCUUUGGUGUCCUGUGCCUCAUGAUUGGGCAGUCUGUGAACCGGCACCUUCAGCUAGCAGGGUACAGUGAUGACAGUGAUGGCUCAUCACUGAUGGGGAAUUCCUCCUUCUCCACUAAUGGGACAGAAGCCUGUGACAGAAGYUGCUACGCCAUUACAGUGGCCCUUACCUUAAGCUUUCUGGUUGGUCUUUACCAGAUCCUGCUGGGGGUUUUACAGCUGGGCUUUGUGUCUGUCUACCUCUCAGAACCGCUCCUCAGUGGCUUUGUGACUGGCUCCAGCCUCACUAUUAUCACCUCCCAGAUGAAGUAUCUUCUGGGACUGAAAAUCCCUCGUCAUGAAGGAGUGGGAUCCUUCAUUUUGACAUGGAUUGACCUUUUCAGAUACAUCCAGAACACCAACAUCUGUGAUCUGGUGACCAGUCUGGUUGCUUUGGCCGUCAUUGUGCCUGUUAAAGAGAUCAAUGACAGGUAUAAAGAUAAGAUGAAGGCACCAUUCCCUGUAGAACUGCUGGUGGUCAUUGUAGCUACAGUUCUAUCAUACUACUUCAACUUUGAAGAGCGAUACAAGUCUGCUGUUUGUGGGGACAUCCCUACYGGCUUCAAGAAACCCAUCCUACCAGAUACAAAACUGUUUUCCACCCUAGCAGUUGAUGCUUUGCCCAUUGCUAUUAUUGGCUUUGCUAUGACUGUCUCCUUGGCAGAAAUCUUUGGCAAAAAGCAUGGCUACCCUGUUCGUGCCAAUCAAGAGAUGGUUGCCAUUGGCAUGUGCAAUUUGAUCCCUUCUUUCUUCUACUGCUUUGCCAGCUCUGCAGCCCUGACUAAGACUCUGCUGAAGGAAUCCACAGGGACCCAGACGCAGAUCUCUGGCCUGGUCAGCUCCUUAGUGCUACUGCUAGUGCUCCUGUGGAUUGCUCCACUGUUUUACUCACUGCAGACAUCCAUCUUGGGGAUUGUCACCAUCGUCAACUUGCGAGGUGGCCUGAGAAAGUUCUGUGACACUCGCCGAAUGUGGCAAUUGAGCAAGAUGGACACAUUGGUGUGGUGGAUGACCAUGCUAGCCUCCACACUGAUCACUACAGAGAUUGGGCUCCUUGUGGGUGUCUGUUUUGCUCUGCUUUGCAUCAUCUUCCGCACUCAGAGACCCAGGGCUACGCUUCUGGGCAAGGUCAGCAACUCAGAAAUCUAUGAGGACCAAUCCACUUACAAGMAACUCAUCAAUAUUGCCAACAUCAAGAUCUUUCGCUUUGAAGCAUCCCUUUAUUAUGCUAACAAGGAUUAUUUCAAGACUGUUCUCUAUCACAAAACUGGGAUAAACCCUACUCUGCUAUCUGCUAAGCAUCGGAAGACWGAAGCACAGGCAAAUGCUGACACAAGGAAGAACAAGAGCUUUUUCUGCCCCAGGUCUAACUGUCUGAAAGCUGACAAGAAAAAGUCCGAGAAAUCUCCAGCAGAUGUUUGUCUUCCUUCCAUAGAUAUACACACCUUAAUCAUUGACUGUGGGGCUAUGCAGUUCAUAGAUACAGUGGGUCUCUCUGUGCUAAAUGAGAUCCAUUGUGACUAUAAGAAUAUUGGUGUCCAGAUACUCCUGGCCAAUUGCAACCCUUCCAUCCGCCACCUGCUCCAGAAGGGAGGCUGGGCUGGCAAGACAGCCUGUGGCAACCAAUUGGCCUUCCACAGUGUCCACGAUGCAGUGAAGUUUGCUGAAAGUUGGUACCAUGUGCAGCAGGAGAGCAAGGAGAAAAACGAUGCKCCUCUGGACCUGGAAGACUUGAGCUUCCAGGAAUCUUUGUAG